GGAGGUUCCCUGAGAUGCUGUAUGACUCAUAGAAAUCAGUCUAUGGCUCCUUUAAAACUCACUGUCUGAAAGGUUGAAAUAGCGUCUUCCCUUUUCUCUAGGCAACUAAGCAUUACCUAAAACUCCCUGGGACUAAAGCAAGCCUCAGGGAAUAUUCUUUCUGUCACACCUUAUGUAAUUGCACCAGUGAAGUUAAUUGAGCUGCUUUUUGAGGAGCUCCUGUAAAAGGCAUUUAGUUUUAUGUAAACAGGGAGGUGCUUUUGUAGCAGACGUGCUGUUCAUCUAGUGCCUCUUGCUGCAGCCCUCCCGUCUAGCUCUGAUGGGGGCCAUUUAAGCUGAAUGAAGUAGAACGAAUGCACUUGGCCACGUGGACCAAUUGCAACAUCUGGACAGGUGAGCGCUGUGGGCUAUGGGAUGGAUGAGGUGGAGCAGGACCAGCAUGAGGCCCGACUCAAGGAGCUGUUUGACAGUUUUGACACGACGGGCACAGGGUCCCUGGGGCAGGAAGAGCUCACCGACCUUUGCCACAUGUUGAGCUUGGAGGAAGUGGCCCCAGUGCUGCAGCAGACGUUACUUCAGGACAACCUCUUGGGCAGGGUACAUUUUGACCAGUUUAAAGAAGCAUUAAUACUCGUUUUGUCCAGGACUCUAUCAAAUGAAGAACACUUUCAAGAACCAGCAUCUGUGGGUGUCAGCUGCCAACAAGUAGCUCGGGUGUCUGGGACGCUCCUGAAUGCUCACAAGCUGACACACUGUCUUCUGAUAAAAGACUGCUCACUAGAAGCUCAGCCCAAAUAUGUUAAAGGUGGGAAGCGUUACGGACGGAGGUCCUUGCCUGAGUUCCAAGAGUCCGUGGAGGAGUUUGCUGAAGUGACGGUGAUUGAGCCACUGGACGAAGAAGCGCAGUCUUCACACAUCCCAGCCAGUGACUGCAGUGAGCACUGGAAGACACAACGGAGUGAGGAGUAUGAAGCGGAAGGCCAGUUAAGGUUUUGGAACCCAGAUGACUUGAAUGCUUCACAGAGCGGAUCUUCGCCUCCCCAAGACUGGAUAGAAGAGAAAUUGCAAGAAGUGUGUGAAGAUUUGGGGAUCACCCGUGAUGGUCACCUGAACCGGAAGAAGCUGGUCUCUAUCUGUGAGCAGUACGGUUUACAGAAUGUGGACGGAGAGAGGCUUGAGGAAGUAUUCCAUAAUCUUGAUCCUGAUGGUACAAUGAGUGUAGAAGAUUUUUUCUAUGGUUUGUUUAAAAAUGGAAAAUCCCUUACACCAUCAGCAUCUACUCCAUACAGACAACUAAAAAGGCACCUUUCCAUGCAGUCUUUCGAUGAGAGUGGACGACGUACCACAACCCCAUCGGCAAUGACGAGUUCCAUUGGCUUUCGGGUCUUCUCCUGCCUGGAUGAUGGGAUGGGCCAUGCAUCUGUGGAGAGAAUACUCGACACCUGGCAGGAAGAGGGCAUUGAGAACAGCCAGGAGAUCCUGAAGGCCUUGGAUUUCAGCCUUGAUGGAAAUAUCAACUUGACAGAAUUAACACUGGCUCUUGAAAAUGAACUUUUGGUCACUAAGAACAGCAUUCACCAGGCAGCUCUGGCCAGCUUUAAGGCUGAAAUCCGGCAUUUGCUGGAACGGGUUGAUCAAGUGGUCAGAGAAAAAGAGAAGCUACGAUCUGAUCUGGACAAGGCCGAGAAGCUCAAGUCUUUAAUGGCCUCAGAGGUAGAUGAUCACCAUGCGGCCAUAGAGCGGCGGAAUGAGUACAACCUCAGGAAACUGGAUGAAGAGUACAAGGAGCGAAUAGCAGCCUUAAAAAAUGAACUCCGAAAAGAGAGAGAGCAGAUCCUGCAGCAGGCGGGCAAGCAGCGUUUAGAACUUGAACAGGAAAUCGAAAAGGCAAAAACAGAAGAGAACUAUAUCCGGGACCGCCUGGCCCUCUCUUUAAAGGAAAACAGUCGUCUGGAAAAUGAGCUUCUGGAAAAUGCAGAGAAGUUGGCAGAAUAUGAGAAUCUGACGAACAAACUUCAGCGAAAUUUGGAAAAUGUGUUAGCAGAAAAGUUUGGUGACCUCGAUCCCAGCAGUGCUGAGUUCUUCCUGCAAGAGGAGAGACUGACACAGAUGAGAAAUGAGUAUGAGCAGCAGUGCAGGGUAUUACAAGACCAAGUAGAUGAACUCCAGUCUGAGCUGGAAGAAUAUCGUGCACAAGGCAGAGUGCUCAGGCUUCCCUUGAAGAACUCACUGUCAGAAGAACUUGAUGCUAACAGCGGUGGCAUUGAGCCCAACCAGGGGCGCGGUUCUGAAGAAUGCAACCCAUUGAAUAUGAGCAUUGAGGCAGAGCUGGUCAUUGAACAGAUGAAAGAACAACAUCACAGGGACAUAUGUUGCCUCAAACUGGAGCUCGAAGAUAAAAUGCGCCUUUAUGAAAAGCAGCUGGAUGAAACCGUGGUCAGCUGCAAGAAGGCGCAGGAAAACAUGAAGCAAAGGCAUGAGAACGAAAUGCACACCUUGGAAAAACAAAUAAGUGACCUUAAAAAUGAAAUUGCCGAACUUCAGGGGCAGGCUGAGGUGCUCAAGGAGGCACAUCAUGAGGCCAUCUGCAGGCAUGAGGAGGAGAAAAAGCAGCUGCAAGUGAAGCUUGAGGAGGAAAAGGCUCACCUGCAGGAGACGCUGAGGCUGGAACAUGAGCUGGAGCUCAAGGCUAGACUGGCACAGGCGCAGGCCAGCUUUGAGCGGGAGAGGGAAGCCCUUCAGAGUAGCGCCUGGACGGAAGAGAAGGUGAGAGGCUUGACUCAGGAACUAGAGCGGUUUCACCAGGAGCAGCUAACAAGCCUGGGGGAGAGGCACACUCUUGAGAAAGAGGAGUUGAGAAAAGAGCUCUUGGAAAAGCACCAAAGGGAGCUUCAGGAGGGAAGGGAAAAAAUGGAAACAGAGUGUAAUAGAAGAACCUCUCAGAUAGAAGCCCAAUUUCAGUCUGAUUGUCAGAAAGUUACUGAGAGGUGUGAAAGCGCUCUGCAAAGCCUGGAGGGGCGCUACCGCCAAGAGCUGAAGGACCUCCAGGAACAGCAGCGCGAGGAGAAAUCCCAGUGGGAGUUUGAGAAGGACGAGCUCACCCAGGAGUGUGCAGAAGCCCAGGAGCUGCUGAAAGAGACUCUUAAGAGAGAGAAAGCAACUUCUCUGGUCCUGACCCAGGAGAGGGAGAUGCUGGAGAAAACUUACAAAGAACAUCUGAACAGCAUGGUCAUCGAGAGAGAGAAGCUGCUCCAAGACCUGGAAGACCUAAGAAAUGUAUCUGAAACCCAGCAAAGCCUGCUGUCUGACAAGGUACUCGAGCUGAAGAGCAGUCACGAAAGAGAACUGAGGGAGCAUGAGGAGGUCCUUUGCCAGGCAGGGGCCUCGGAGCAGCUGGCUAGCCAGCGGCUGGAAAGACUAGAAAUGGAACAUGACCAGGAAAGGCAGGAAAUGAUGUCCAAGCUUCUGGCCAUGGAGAACAUUCACAAAGCAACCUGUGAGAAAGCAGAUCGAGAAAGAGCUGAGAUGAGCACAGAAAUCUCCAGACUUCAGAGUAAAAUAAAGGAAAUGCAGCAAGCAGCAUCUCCUCUCUCCACACUUCAGAGUGGUUGCCAGGUGAUAGGAGAGGAGGAGGUGGAAGGAGAUGGAGCCCUGUCCCUGCUUCAGCAAGGGGAGCAGCUGUUGGAAGAAAAUGGAGAUGUCCUCUUAAGCCUGCAGAGAGCUCAUGAACGAGCAGUGAAGGAAAAUGUGAAAAUGGCUACUGAAAUUUCCAGAUUGCAGCAGAGGCUGCAAAAGCUGGAGCCAGGGGUAGUCAUGUCUUCCUGUUUAGGUGAGCCAACUACUGAGUUUUUUGGAAAUACUGUGGAACAAACAGAGCCGUUUUUACAGCAAAACCAAAUGAAGCAAGUAGAAGGUGUGAGCAGGCGGUGUGUCCUAAGUGACCUGGGAGAUGAUGAGGUCCCGGACCUGGGAAGUACAGGGACAAGCUCUGUUCAGAGACAGGGAGUCAAACUAGAGGAGUCUGAAGCUUCAGUAGAGGGUUUUUCCGAGCUUGAAAACAGUGAAGAGACCAGGACCGAAUCCUGGGAGCUGAAGAAUCAGAUUAGUCAGCUUCAGGAACAGCUGAUUAUGUUAUGCGCAGACUGCGAUCGAGCUUCUGAAAAGAAACAGGACCUACUUUUUGAUGUUUCUGUGCUACAAAAGAAACUGAAGAUGCUUGAGAGAAUCCCUGAGGCUUCUCCCAAGUAUAAGCUGUUGUAUGAAGAUGCGAGCCGAGAAAAUGACUGCCUUCAGGAAGAGCUGAGAGUGAUGGAGACACGCUUCGAUGAGGCACUGGAAAAUAAUAAAGAACUCACUGCAGAGGUUUUCAGGUUGCAGGAUGAGCUGAAGAAAAUGGAGGAAGUGACGGAAACAUUCCUUAGCCUGGAAAAGAGUUAUGAUGAGGUCAGAAUAGAAAAUGAGGAGCUGAAUGUUCUGGUUUUGAGACUUCAAGGAAAAAUUGAGAAGCUGCAGGAAAGCGUGGUCCAGCAGUGUGAUGGCUGCUUAUGGGAAGCCAGUUUAGAGAACCUGGAAGUCGAACCUGAUAGAAAUACACUUGAGCUCAAUCAGACACUGGGAGAGUGUGUGCCCAGGGUUAGGAGGGUACAUCAUGUCAUAGAAGAAAGUAAGCAAGAAAACCAGUACCUUGAGCAGGGAAAUAAACAGCUCUUGGAAAAAGUAAAAGCACAUGAAAUUGACUGGUUACACAGAACAAUUCAGACACAUCAAGAAAGGCCAAGAGUACAGAAUCAAGUUAUACUGGAGGAAGAUACUACUUUCCUAAGUUUUCAAGACAGACAUUUUCAGCAUCAGGCCACAAUAGCAGAAUUAGAACUGGAGAAAACAAAGCUACAGGAGCUGACUAGGAAGUUGAAGGAGAGAGUCACUACUUUAGUUAAGCGAAAAGAUGUACUUUCUCAAGGAGAAAAGGAGGAAGAGCUGAAGGCAAUGAUGCAUGACUUGCAGAUCACGUGCAGUGAGAUGCAGCAGAAAGUUGAACUUCUGAGAUAUGAAUCUGAAAAGCUUCAAGAGGAAAAUUCUAUUUUGAGAAAUGAAAUUACUACUUUAAGUGAAGAAGAUAGCGUUUCUAACCUGAAAUUAGAGAAAUUAAAUGGAUCUCAGGAAGAAAUGUGGCAAAAAACAGAAACUGUAAAACAAGAAAAUGCUGCAGCUCAGAUGAUGGUUGAAAAGUUAAAGAAACAGAUUUCAGAAUUAAAAAUAAAAAACCAGCAGUUGGAUUUGGAAAAUACAGAACUUAGCCAAAAGAACUCUCAAAAUCAGGAAAAACUGCAAGAACUUAAUCAACGUCUAACAGAAAUGCAAUGCCAGAAGGAAAAAGAGCCAGAAAGCAGUACAUUGGAGGAAUGGGAAGAAGAGAAGUUUAAUCUGAAAGAAGAACUGGAGCGUUGUCAAGUGCAGUCCUCCACUUUAGUGUCUUCUCUAGAGGCAGAACUCUCUGAAGUCAAAAUACAGACCCAUAUUGUGGAACAGGAAAACCUCCUUCUCAAAGAUGAACUGGAGAAAAUCAAACAGCUGCACAGAUGUCCUGAUCUCUCUGACUUCCAGCAAAAAAUCUCGAGUGUUCUAAGCUACAAUGAAAAACUGCUGAAAGAAAAGGAAGCUCUAAGUGAGGAAUUAAAUAGCUGUGUUGAUAAGUUGGCAAAAUCAAGCCUUUUAGAGCAGAGAAUCGCAACGAUGAAGCAGGAACAGAAAUCGUGGGAACAUCAAAGUGCGAGCUUAAAGUCACAGCUGGUGGCUUCUCAGGAAAAGGUUCAGAAUUUAGAAGACACUCUGCAGAAUGUAAACCUGCAAAUGUCCUGGGUUAAAUCUGACCUACGAGUGACUCAGCAGGAAAAGGAGGCUUUAAAACAAGAAGUGAUGUCUUUGCAUAAACAACUUCAGAAUGCUGGUGGCAAGAGCUGGGCCCCAGAAAUAGCUACUCAUCCAUCAGGGCUCCAUAACCAGCAGAAAAGGCUGUCCUGGGACAAGCUGGAUCAUCUGAUGAAUGAGGAACAACAGCUGCUUUGGCAAGAGAAUGAGAGGCUCCAGGCCGUAGUACAGAAUACCAAAGCCGAACUCACGCACUCCAGGGAGAAGGUACGUCAACUGGAAUCCAACCUUCUUCCCAAGCACCAAAAACAUCUAAAUCCAUCAGGUGCUGUGAAACCCACAGAGCAGGAAAAAUUGAGCUUAAAGAGAGAGUGUGAUCAGUUUCAGAAAGAAAGAUCUACUAACAGGAAGGUCAGUCAGAUGAAUUCCCUUGAGCAAGAAUUAGAAACAAUUCAUUUGGAGAACGAAGGCCUGAAAAAGAAACAAGUAAAACUGGAUGAGCAGCUCAUGGAGAUGCAGCACCUGAGGUCCACUGCGAUGCUUAGCCCCUCCCCUCAUGCUUGGGAUUUGCAGCUGCUCCAGCAGCAAGCGUGUCCGAUGGUGCCCAGGGAGCAGUUUCUGCAGCUUCAACACCAGCUGCUGCAGGCAGAAAGGAUAAACCAGCACCUGCAGGAGGAACUUGAAAACAGGAUCUCCGAAACCAACACACCACAGGGAAACCAGGAACAACUGGUAACUGUCAUGGAGGAACGAAUGAUAGAAGUUGAACAGAAACUGAAACUAGUGAAAAGACUUCUUCAAGAGAAAGUGAAUCAGCUCAAAGAACAACUCUGCAAGAACACUAAGGCAGACGCGAUGGUGAAGGAUUUGUAUGUUGAAAAUGCCCAGUUGUUGAAAGCUCUGGAAAUGACUGAACAGCGACAGAAAACAGCCGAGAAGAAAAACUACCUCCUGGAAGAGAAGGUUGCCAGCCUCAGUAAUAUAGUUAGGAAUCUGACACCAGCGCCGCUGACUUCUACACCUCCUUUGAGGUCAUAGCCAAACCAAAGGGUACACUCAUAUUUGUGCACUUUACUGAAAUAGAUGGGACAUUUCAGUAGAUUCUCAACUUCUGUAACCUUUAUUGGCUUGAAGUUAAAAUUAAGCCUAACCUAAACUGCCAGCAACAGAACUGGAGUUUCCAUUUAUCAUAGUUUUUCUAAAUAGACCCUUAUGGGAGUUUGAAAAUAAACACUCACGUAUUUUACAACUUAAAUUAUUCCCAAGAUUUGGAUUUAUUUUAGAAUUCUAAUAGCCACCAAGAAUGUGGACAUAAUUCAGUCACCUCACAAUCCCAGUUUUGAAUGAGUUUUUGUUUUUCUGGGUUUUUUAAAUCAUUAUUACAAAUCUAUGUGUAAAGUCUAGAAAUUUAAAGUUUGAGAUCUGUUGAGAAUGGUUGUUAUGAACUUUAUUUUUAAACCAAAUUUAGGUGUUCUUACACAUUUAAAUACUGGAAAGUCAUUGUAAUAGUUUCAGUUCUUUAAAUUAAUUGGUAGACUGAAUUGAUUGGUAAAAUAUAAUUGUUUGCCUAGGAGGCAGGGCUUAAGUGAUUAUUAGCCACUGAAGUCAGACAAGCCCAAAUCUGUACAAUUCUAACCUUCUAACACCUGUGACAGUAUUGCCACUCUUUUUGUAUUAUAAACUUAGAACUAAUUUACUCAGUUGCACUCUUAACUGAUGUUAAAGCUUUACUUGCUUUAAACAGCCUUUUCUUCUUUCUCUUAGAAGUUUCAUUUGGGAGCUGGUCUUCUAAGAAAUGGAUAAAGCCACAUAAUUAAAGCAUUUCAACUGUAGGGAAAGCACUGAACAAACCACUUUGGAGUAAAUAGCUACUCUUAGAAAAGAGGGAUAAGCAGACCAUGUAGGUUUUCUGUCUCUCAAAUCUUGGAGUUCAUGAACUUACUUGAGGUUGCCUCAAGAACUCAGGGAACAAUAUUCUAAACUGUCUUCCUGAACUACUGUAGGGCCUCUCUAAGAAUUUGAAAUGUAUAAACCAUGUGACCUCAUUUAUUUGUCUUAUAUAUUCACAGCCAUAGAAUUUUUAUUUCUACAUUUUUAGUAAAUUUAAUAUUCUAGGGAAAAAAGGCCUUGAUUUUAGGGCUAAAAAACCUGAUUUAUUGAAGAGUUUGUUUAUUUAAUAUAGGUCAAAUUCUCCAUGUUUCUUAUUCCUUCUAUACCUCAAAUCUGAUUCUAAGAAUUUCUUACUUUGAUAAGCAUUGGCAUGCCACCUUAGGUGAAGGAGUGCCAAAUAGGACUUUCCAUUCAUGCUCAAGAUCAAAGCUUUAUAGAAGAGUAAACACUUUAGAUUCGGUAACCUUCUUUUUCUUGCAGUUACAGUCUCUGCUUCUAUCCACUUCCGCCAGCAGUUGGUGGAAGACUCACUAGGUGCAGGGGCACUAUUCAGACUCAUCACAACAACCUGCUUGUUUUCAUAAGACAAUAAUCAGAAAAAUUCUCUUUGAUAUAUUCCUGGAGGGCCAAGCCCAUCUGUUUACAAAAGGUUUAACAGCAAAAUCAGGCACUGCUUUUAUGGGCAAGACACAACAGAAAGCAAACUGCCCAAGAAGUCAUGAUGUCAGAAACUCAAUCUCAACAAAGUAAUUUCUGUCAGGGAACUUCAGGGUUUCUUGGGGCUUCUGAGUCUCACCAGUCAAUCCAGGAGACCUCACAGUACAAGAGCUUUGACAAGGCACUGUUUUUUGUGGGACUGGGAGUUCACACUGAUGAAACAGACCUGUGAGUCUUUGCGUAGCUCUUGUCAGAAAGCCCUCACUUUCCCCUAGAUAAAGAGGUCAUUUUCAUCCUUCCCUAUAAUUAUACUUCAAAAUCUUUCACAUCUGCUCUCAUGCCUUCUUUAGAUCUUCUGCGAUGCAAACAUUCCUAGUUGGUGUUUAACUACUUGUAUGGCAUAAGCUUUCACUUAAAACUAUGAAUUGGCCUUAGGCUAAGGACAAAAAUUAACUAAGUACCUGUAGUGUAUUUAUGUGAUAAUGUGUCAAGUUACUCCAGGUUAUUGCUGUUGGAACUGAACAAUAUUUCCCAGAUAGCUGGCCUUAGCAUGUGAUCACAUUUGUUGUAUUUUUUAAUUUUUGUCUUUUAUACUAUGAGAGGUGUAGGUUAAUUUGUUUAUUUCCUAUAAAUUUGUAUUUAUGUGUAUAUAAAAUGUACAAUGAAUGUAAAUAUGACUUUCUGGAAAGUUUAGACUACAUUUAGAGUCUGUAUUCAAAAUCAAAAUGCUGCUCAAAUGAAAGUGAAUUUAACCAACAUAUAGGUGCUUAAUUUCUCAUUUUACCUGACUUAUGAGGUUGGGAAAAAGGUCAAUGAGAAAUAUACAGAUACCUUAAAUGUAUACAUUUAUGCAACAAUUUUUGAGAAGUUGAGUGGCAAUUUAUAAUUUAGUUGGCAAUUUAUAGUAGAGCUUACAGCUUUUAAAAGACCUUUUAAAGACAUUCAAUGUAAACUGAAAAUUAUGUUUAGAUGUUGUUUCAAACUUUACAAUAGCACUCUUUAAAAUAUUAAGUUAUAUAUUUUAUAGGUAUUUAGUUGCUUGUUUAUUAAAAGCACUGAUUUUUAAGCUUCUUGAUUUAAGAACAGUUAUUUAAGAUAGUCUUAGAAGAUGGCUUCUUCGUUUCAAGAAAAGGGAAUCAAGUUUGCCUUUGUGAUAAUACAUUACACUAAGAAAAAAGAAAUGUGGAUAGCAAAAUCCACCUCUCAUCCUAUUUUGCUCUCUUCUGCUUUUCAGAAGCCUACGCUUUAGCUCAGAUUUGUGGAGGGAAGAGUAGAAGGGGAGAGUAGAACCAACCACAGCGUUUUAUUUUUCUAAAAUUCUUAUUAAAUCCAGAUUUUUAAAACUGUUUUAAAUGUGAAUUCUUCCCAGAAAAUUCAAUCCAUUGCCUAUUUAGCCUUCAGCAUAUUUUACAUAAGUAGAUCACGAAGUCAUAGGCUUUCAAGGCCUAGGAAGAGAUCUUACGGGUCUAGUAUUUUAAUAAUGCACUAAUACCCAGGGCAGAUGUGACAAACUAUUUCUUCUCUCAAAAGUAAGGGUUUGUGGCAAACUUUGUUUUUUUUUAACAUGUGAGAAAUGAAUUUUUUAUUUUGUGAUUUAUAUGAUUUUCUUUUUUGCUGAGUGAAGGAAGACAGAAAUUGUUGCUAUUGUCAGCAUCUUAAAGGUAUUUACAAUCAAGGCAAGGCUAAGUGCUUUGUGAUAGUAUUAAGCAAGUCAUGUUUUGAAUGGAUUACCUGUAAUGACACAUUGGAAUGAUAUAAUUAUAUAAGUAAUGCCAAAACCCAAGUCAAAGCCUAAUUAACCAAAGCACUCAUUUUAAAAUCAUCGUGUUUGGACCUAUCUGGACCUCUCAGCACUGUAAAGUAGUUUUGGUUUUGUGGCAUAUGAAUAGUUGUUGAACAAAUCAAAGUUGGCUUUUUGCUUUUCAGCGUUUUUGGACAAUACAAGUUAAGUUCUUAAUGGGGAGACAUCAUGGCAUGACUUAAGGGAACAUUGGUUGUGUGAAGGAAAAACUGAGAUUAUCUAAAGCCAUCUCUAUUUCUGUUCAGAUAAAGACUAAUGAGUAUGUGUUUAUAUCAGCUUAGUAUAUUUCAUCUUAGCCAUUCUAUCCUAGAAGGAUUUUAAUGUGAGCUUAAAAUGUAAAUAAAUAAUUUUGCAAACAAG